UCUAUCUCUCUCUCGUAGUAUAUAACUGCACCAAAGAGAGUCACAGAAACACAAGCCCAGAAGAAAUUAAGAUCACCCCCACCACAUGUCUUAGCCAUAGAAUAAAUUCAGAUUUCUGUGGCCAAGUUAAUCCCAAUCUCUACGUCAUAGAUAUUAGCUGUCUCUGUGCUCUUUAUCUUUCCCUAUCUUCAAUACCAUUACCACAAUCUCAUCUGGGAAACACACACCCAUCUCUCUCUCUCUCUCUCUUUCUCUUACUUUGAUUUGAAAGCUAUAAGACUGCCAACACUGCUUUCCCCCUUGCAUUUCUAGAUAUACACACAAAACCAAACCAUCCCUUAUAAUAUCUAUAUCAAUAUGGAGUCUUCAAAAGAGUCCCAUACAAAUCAAGAACUGGGCCAUAGUCUCAAGACCCUAACACUCUCUCCUGGCAAAAAAAAACCAACCUUGAACAUGUUAGCCACUGCGUCUUCAUGGUCAAUUGGGGACUACAUUGGCAUGGAGAGCUGCCUUGAUAUUAACGAUGAGGUACAGUAUUCAUCGAAGGAUAAGAAUAGUGGGGGUGAGUCUGACUCCGAGGUUUAUAUCAAGAAGUGUAGAGUUAAGCGAGAGCAAAGGCGGGCAAUGAGGCAAAGAGAGUUCCCACCUCCAAUACCAUUGCUUGCACGUACAGAGAAUCUGCCUUGUCAUAUGCCUUGGGUGCUGAAAAGACACUACACCAGCGAUGGAAGGUUGAUUCUCACCGAGGAGAGGGUGAAACACCACGAGUACUUCCGGGCUCACAGGGCUGAUGGGCGUCUCACAUUGCAGCUUGUACCAUUAGACGACGAGGUUUGGCUUCCUGAUGAUCAGUGCGACAAUUGUUGCACAAAUGAUGAAGAAGAGGCAGACAUCGAUGAUACUGAAGAAAAGGAGACGGAAAAGGAAAAUGAAGAGGCCAAUGAUGUUGAUGUUAGUAAGACUGUGUACCAAUCACCUCUUUCCGAGCCAACAAAAGUGGAAGAUUUGAGUACAAGCAGCGAAUUUUAUAGCAGCAAUGUUGAUACUAAAGAAAAGGAGACGGAAAAGGAAAAUGAAGAGGCCAAUGAUGAUGAUGUUAGUAAUAUUAUCUACCAAUCACCUCUUUCCAAGCCAGCAAAAGUGGAAGAUUUGUGUACUAGAUACAAAUUUUAUAACGGCGAUGUUGAUGUUGAUGAGGUUGAGGUUGAGAAGGAGAUGAUCCAUAAGGAUAGGAGUGUGGUGGUUGAAGAAUCAACGAAGAUCGGAGGUGGUGGGAUUGGUGGUACAGCCACUAAUGCAGCAGGAAAGCGCUUAAACUUAAACUACAACAAUGUGGCGUCACCGGGGUCGUGUAUUUUUGAGGUGCCAGUCCAGCAAUACGGACAGUUCAUAGCUAACACAAAUUUACAUUUAUGUGAUGCGAUUAGUCUUAGUAGAGCUUAGGUCCACUUAGCUUUUGUUCCUCAAUAUUGUCAAUCAUCAUUAUUUUCUUCUAGGAAAAUUCAUUGCAUAAUUAGUCCUAUUUGUUUUAUGCUGCAUAUUAGGAUGGUUACAGAGGCAAAUGAUGAGAUCCACCGUACAAUUAAUGAUUUUUGUUUAACUGAAAGUAGCUCAUUCCAUUUGAAAACAAUUGCUUAUCAUUGCUUUUGUCCC